AUGGAAGCCCAAACAGCGUUUGGCCAUGAAAGUCUUGCCUUCCAAAAGUUGUCUCACUCCCAAUGGACUGAUUACUUCCUCUCUAUUCCCAUCAGUGACUCGGGACUGGAUGUUAUUACAAGAGAGAUUGACAUACUCAAACCUGAAAUAAGGGAUCUCAUAUCUUCACAAGGUGACAAUGAGACAUUGAGGAAGAAAGUGCUUUUGAUCCAAUUACUUCUUAGUCUUGGUCUCGCAUUUCAUUUUGAGAAUGAGAUCAAAGAUAUCCUGAUCCAUGCUUUUCAAAGGACAGAGGAUAUAAUUGGCAAUGAAAUGAACUUGUCAACAGUCUCCAACAUUUUCCGCGUAUUUAGAACAUACGGACACAAUAUUUCAUCAAGCGUAUUCAAUAGAUUUAAAAAGGACGGUGGGAAGUUUGAGGAAUCUCUUAUGGGAGAUACUAAAGGUAUACUAAGCCUGUAUGAAGCAGCUCACUUGGGAACAACGACAGAUGAUAUAUUCGAGGAAGCUUUGAAGUUCACAUCGAGUCAUUUGGAGUCCUUGCUGGAAGGUGGGACGUGCCUGCCUCAUGUCUCAACGCUUAUAAGAAAUACACUUUACUUACCUCAGCGUUGGAAUAUGGAGGCAGUAGUUGCAAGGGCAUACAUUUCUUUCUACGAGCAAGAAGAAGAUCACGACAAGAUGCUACUCAAAUUAGCCAAGCUCAGUUUCAAGUUACUGCAAAUGCAUUACAUCAAAGAGCUGCAAACUUUUAUCACAUGGUGGAAGGAGCUAGGUGUUACAUCCAAGAUGCCAAGUCAGUUUAGAGAGCAGAUCGUAGAGGCGUGGCUAGCAGGACUGAUGAUGUAUUUCGAACCUCAAUAUUCAGGUGGAAGGGUUAUUGCCGCCAAAUUCAACUACCUCCUUACCAUUUUAGAUGACGCUUGCGAUGAUUAUUUCUCUAUUCCCGAGAUUGCAAGCCUCGUCGAUUGUGUGGAAAGAUGGAGUCCUAAUGACGUUCACACACUAGAUGAUUUGUCACGGCUGGUCUUCCAGCUUUCGUUAGAUGUUUUUGACGAUAUCGAAAAAGGAGUGAGGUCUCAACCCUACCACUUGAAGGAGAUGCUAGAAGAGCUCAAGAUACUCGUAAGAGCAAGCCUUGAUCUUGUCAAAUGGGCACGAGGAAAUAAGGUUCCUGGCUUCGAGGAAUUUGUGGAAGUUGGUGGAACAGCACUUACGACGUAUGCAACAUUAAUGUAUUCUUUUGUCGGAAUGGGAGAUACUGCAGGUAAAGAAGCUUACGAGUGGGUAAGAUCUAGACCGAGAUUGAUCAAAUCUCUAGCUGCAAAGGGUCGUCUAAUGGACGAUGUGACUGACUUCGAGAAGGACAUGAGUAAUGGGUUUGCUGCAAAUGCGAUCAACUAUUAUAUGAAGCAGUUUGAAGUUUCCAAAGAACAGGCAAUGUUAGAAUGUCAAAAGAUGAUUACAGACGUCAAUAAGACCAUAAAUGAAGAGUUAUUGAAGACAACCGCUGUGCCAUGUCGUCGAGUUCUCAAGCAAGCCCUCAAUUUUGGACGCUUAUUGCAUGUCCUCUACAGCAAGUCCGAUGAUAUAUACAAUUGUAGUGAGGGAAAACUCAAAGAGUAUAUAGUCACCUUGCUUGUAGAUCCAAUAAGUCUUUGAAUUACACCAUGAGUUAAGACAGUGACAAUGUUUAUAUCUCACUGUUGAACAACAUCAUCUUAAA